AUGCUCGUCCUGCUCGCGCUGCUGUCUGCCUUCCAGUCCACCACUGCCCACAAGAGUGACAUCGACAUCUACAGCCUCACCGUGGACUCCAAGGUCUCCUCCCGAUUUGCCCACACAGUUGUCAGUACUCGAGUGGUCAACCGAGCAGACACUGCGAAAGAGGCCGUCUUCCACAUGGAGCUGCCCAAGAAAGCCUUCAUCACCAACUUCUCCAUGAUCAUCGAUGGCGUUACCUACCCAGGAAACAUCACGGAGAAGGUUGCCGCCCAGGAGCAAUACAGCGCAGCCCAGAGCAGAGGGGAGAGUGCUGGCCUGGUCAAGGCCACAGUGGGGAGAAAGAUGGAACAGUUCCAAGUUUCAGUGAGCGUGGCUCCGGCUUCCAAGGUCAUCUUCCAGUUGACGUAUGAGGAGCUGCUCAAGAGGCAACUAGGGGUGUACGAGCUUCGGUUCAAAAUCCAGCCUCAGGAGCCAGUCAAGCAUCUGCAGAUGGACAUUCACAUCUUCGAGCCACAAGGCAUCAGCCACCUGGAGACAGAGAGCUCCUUCCUGACCAGCGAGCUGGAGGAAGCCCUCACCACCACACAGAACCAGACCAAGGCUCACAUCCGGUUCAAGCCAUCGCUUUCCCACCAGGACAAAGUCCUGGAUGGCAACUUUAUCGUGCGCUAUGACGUCAACCGGACCAACUCGGCAGGCUCCAUCCUGAUCGAGAAUGGCUUCUUUGUGCACCACUUUGCACCCAAGGGCCUACCCAGUAUGCCCAAGAAUGUGAUCUUUGUCAUUGACAAGAGUGGCUCCAUGGGAGGCAGGAAGAUCGAGCAGACCCGGGAAGCCCUGAUCAAGAUCCUGGGUGACCUUCGCCCCCAUGACCUGUUUAACCUCAUUGUCUUCAGCGGAGAGGUAAACCAGUGGAAGCCAUCACUGGUGCCAGCCUCAGCUGAGAACGUGCACGAGGCCAAGAGUUACGCUGCCACCCUCAUGGCCAACGGGGGUACCAACAUCAAUCAUGCGAUGUUGAUGGCUGUGGACCUGCUGCACAAAAGUACUGUACAGGAGGUGAUGCCUUCCGGGAGCGUCUCCCUCAUCAUCCUGCUCACCGAUGGGGAUCCCACCACAGGGGAGACCAACCCCGCAAAAAUCCAGAAGAACGUGCGGGAAGCUGUGGAUGGCCGUUACAGCAUCUUCUGCCUGGGCUUCGGCUAUGACGUCAGCUACGCCUUCCUGGAGAAGCUGGCGCUGGACAACGGUGGGCUCGCUCGGCGCAUCUACGAGGACUCGGAUUCUGCCCUGCAGCUACAGGACUUCUACCAAGAGGUGGCCAACCCAUUGAUGACUUCUGUGUCCUUCGAGUACCCGAGCAACGCUGUGGAGCAGGUCACACAGGACAACUUCCGGCUGCUCUUCAAGGGCUCAGAGAUGGUGGUAGCUGGGAAGCUGCAGGACCAGAGCCCGGACGUGUUCUUAGCCAAAGUCAGCGGGCGGGUGCACAAGCAGAACUUCACCUUCCUAACGGAGGCCAAUGUAGCCGAGCAGGAAUUGUUCCGCAGUCCCAAGUACAUCUUCCACAACUUCAUGGAGAGACUCUGGGCAUACCUGACCAUCCAGCAAUUGCUGGAGCAAAUUGUUUCCGCAUCAGACGACGAGCGGGCAGACCUUGAGAAGGAAGCUCUGCGCUUGUCACUCAACUAUAGCUUUGUCACGUCUCUCACAUCCAUGGUCAUCACCAAACCAGAAGGCCAACAACAGCCUCAUGUUGCUAAUAAGCCCAAGGAAGACAGUUCAGAUAUCAAUCGCAAAAGAUAUUACCCCUCAGGACAAGAAAAACUCCCAGUAGUCUCAACCCCAGCCCCAAUCAAGACACCUCACUUCAUCCUGCCACUGCCUGGGCAGAGCAUGGACCCGCUCUGUGUGGACAUCAAGCACUUUGAGGGGACAAUACGGCUGUUCUCCGACCCUGAACAAGGGAUUGAGGUGACUGGCCUGUUUGAGAAAAGUAAGUUUUCAAGAAUUGAAGUGACUUUCAAGGAACCCGACGUACAAGUCCGUGCAUUUGCUGAGCACGUUGUGGUGACUCGGAAUCGAGGAAACUCCGCUUACAAAUGGAAAGACACGCUGUUCUCUGUGACGCCCGGCUUAAAGAUAACCAUGGACAAGACUGGUCUCCUGCUGCUCAGUGCUCCAGACAAAGUGACUAUCGGCCUAUUGUACUGGGAAGGCACCGACGCAGGCCUCAGGAUUCUGCUGCGAGACACUGAACGCUUCUCCAGCUUCGUCGAUGGGACCUUAGGCCAAUUCUACCAGGGUGUGCUCUUCACAUCCCCAGUAACGGAAAACAAAAAGAAAAUAACAGUUCAUGGAAAAAACUACCAUAUCAAUAGGGAGUUCCAACUGGAUUAUCGACAAGGACUUCCGGGAACAGGCAUUACCUGCUGGUCUAUAGUGCUGUAG